AUGAUGCGGCGAAGUGGCGGCCGGAGCCGCCCGCAGCACGAGGACGAGGACGAAGAGCGCGUCGUGUACUACGAGCUGGACGCGGCCUCGCACACGCGCAACCUGCUGCUGUCUCCCGACGCCGUGUCCGCCCCUCGCGCGGCGUCGGCGUCCGCUCCGUCGGCUGAUGCAGGCGGCAAUAACAAAAUCUUCCCGCGGCAGCAGCAGCCGCUCUUCAGCCUCGAUGAUAGCGGGGAUGAGGCGGAGCAGAAGGAGGACGAGGAGCAGGAAAACCCCUUCGCGACGCUGAUCCAGCAGCAGCAGCAGCAACAGACGCAGAAGGCGGCGAAACCAGCAGAGCAGGAGAAGGAGGCGGCGACACGUGGAGUGGGGGACGCUGCAGGACGUCGAGGGAAUUCGUUCCUGCAUGCGGCUGCAGAUCCAGCGGCUCGAGGACCUCGGGACCGAAUAAGCUCUAGCAGCAGCAGCAGCAACGCAGUUGGCCGCUCCAUCUUGAAACGGACUCAGCCGCACAAUGGCCAAGCCGCUCGAGUCGUGACCAAGAAGAAGUUGGGCUUUGAAGCGGCGGACUCGAGGCCGGCUCGAUGGAGCACGCAGAAACCUUCGGCUGCAGACACCAAGAACCGCCGCAAGUCACUGAGUGCGAUCCAGAAGCGCCGCUCGCAGCUGGAAGCGGCUUCUGCGAAAAGACGGAAGUCGAUGUCGCCGACGCUGUCGGGCCCGCGCACUUCUCAGCUAUCGUCUAACGUGGAUGAUAGCGUGGAUGGCCGCUCUGCUGCGCCCAAGAGGAAAUCACUGUCUGAUGUGCUGCAACGUGCAACGAUGAUGUCACAGCAGAACACAGCCCACGACGAGUCCUCGCUCUCCCUGACACAAACAAUCGACCCCACAGACGGCGAUGCCAUUCUCGAUACUGAGCAGCAGAUGCGAACCGAGCCGUUUGCCCCGCAGAUUUUCUCCCCAUCGAAACCUGCGCCAGCAGCAGGGGCUGCGAUGGGUCGGAAGCCCAAGCCCGAUGGUCUUGUUUCCAAAGUUCGUGGUAGUAUUGGUGACGUUUUGCGCAAGGCAAUUCGCAAGAGCAACCGGGACCUUACACUGCUGCGAUCUCGUGGCCAACACUUACUGCCACAACAGAGCAACCACUCGUCAUCAAAGGGCACCAUCGGCUCGAUCGAGUCAAUUCAAGAACGAGGGCAUGUUGUGGUCUGCCUUCAGCAGAUUUGUAUGGGAAGAUCUCAAUUUGUGGCACACGAAUGCCGUGUUCAGAAAGUUGCCGCCAACAUGGAAAAAACCACCGCUGCAAGCUUAACGGAAAACUCCGUCGUGAUAGAAGCACUUUUCCAGCCCCAGACCGCCGAGUAUCUGAAGUUAUCUCCAGGGAAGGUGGUGAAAAUCUACGAGCCUUUUCAUGUUGUUGCCGAGCACAUGGCGGCUGGUUCCACCACCAAACCACGGUGGCUUUUACUGAAUACGCAAUUAGCGGAAGUACUAGAUGAGUACUCUAGUGAGCCUCAUUAA